AGGCUCUGCCGUCUGAGCAGCAGUGGAGCACGUCAGGUGUGGAAGAGGUGCGCGUCGAGCCUCUACGGACGUAUAAAUCCCCUUUAACGGACAGAUGUGUGUAGAAGCAGUCAGAGACGGAGAAACGCUGCAGGUUCUGGGUUUUCCAGCAGCAGCAGGUUUAUGUAAAUAUUCCUGGUGUGUCCUGUAGAUUACAGUCUCAUCAUCAAUGCAGGAAAUGUUGUUUCUCUUCUGGACUCUGUUUCUCUGGAGCAACCAUCUGUCUGCCUCUCAGGGAGACGCAGUCAUCAGAGCUCAACCUGGACAUGACGUCUCUCUGCCAUGUAGAGCUGAACAGGAUGGAGACAUUGAUGCUGUGGAGUGGUCCAGACCUGAUCUGGGGUCAGAAUAUGUUAUUUUCUACAAAGAUAGACGUCCCGUUCCACACUACCAGCAUCCAUCUUACCAGAACCGGGCAGAUCUUCGGGAGAGACAGAUGAAGGAUGGAGACGUGUCUCUGAUUCUGAAGAAUCUGAGGAUUAAAGAUACAGGAAAAUAUAAAUGUAAAAUCCGACAGACAGGAACACACACUAUGCUUGCUGAAUCCAUCAUCCAGCUGGAAGUUUCUCCUCCGCCAGGACAGAGAAACAUCACAGCUGAACCUGGACAGGAUGUCUCUCUGCCAUGUAGAGCUGGACAUGAUGGAGACAUCACAGCUGUGAGGUGGAUCAGACCUGAUCAGGAGCCAGAAUAUGUUCUUUUCUACGAAGAUGGCCGUCUUUUUCUAGGCCCCCAGCAUCCAUCUUUCUACAACCGGGUGGAUCUUCAGGACAGACAGAUGACGGAUGGAGACGUGUCUCUGAUUCUGAAGAAUCUGAUGACUUAUGAUACAGGAACAUAUGAAUGUAGAGUCUUCCAGAGAAGAAGAGGCAGCAGGAUUGCAGAGUUCAAGUCCAUUGCCAUCAUCAAUCUGGAAGUUUCUCCUCCAGAACAGAGAAACAUCACAGCUGAACCUGGACAUGACGUCUCUCUGCCAUGUAGAGCUAGACAUGAUGGAGACAUCACAGCUGUGAGGUGGACCAGACCUGAUCAGGAGCCAGAAGAUAUUCUUUUCUAUGAAGAUGGACGUCCUUUUCCAGACCACCAGCAUUCAUCUUACCAGAACCGGGUGGAUCUUCAGGACAGACAGAUGACGGAUGGAAAUGUGUCUCUGAUUCUGAAAACUCUGAUCAUUAAAGAUACAGGAAUAUAUAAAUGUAGAGUCCAACAGACAGGUACAGACACCAUGCUUACAGAGUCCAUCAUCCAUCUGGAAGUUUCUCCUCCACCAGAACAGAGAAACAUCACAGCUGAACCUGGACAUGACAUCUCUCUGCCAUGUAGAGCUCGGCAUGAUGGAGACAUCACAGCUGUGAGGUGGACCAGACCCGAUCAGGAGCCAGAAGAUAUUCUUUUCUAUGAAGAUGGACGUCCUUUUCCAGACCCCCAGCAUUCAUCUUACCAGAACCGGGUGGAUCUUCAGGACAGACAGAUGACGGAUGGAAAUGUGUCUCUGAUUCUGAAAACUUUGACAAUUAAUGAUUCAGGAAUAUAUAAAUGUAGAGUCCGACAGACAGGAACAGACACCAUGCUUACAGAGUCCAUCAUCCAUCUGAAAGUUUCUCCUCCUCCAGAACAGAGAAACAUCACAGCUGACCCUGGACAUGACAUCUCUCUGCCAUGUAGAGCUCGACAUGUUGGAGACAUCACAGCUGUGAGGUGGACCAGACCUGAUCAGGAGCCAGAAGAUAUUCUUUUCUAUGAAGAUGGACGUUCUUUUCCAGACCCCCAGCAUUCAUCUUACCAGAACCGGGUGGAUCUUCAGGACAGACAGAUGACGGAUGGAAAUGUGUCUCUGAUUCUGAAAACUUUGACAAUUAAUGAUUCAGGAAUAUAUAAAUGUAGAGUCCGACAGACAGGAACAGACACCAUGCUUACAGAGUCCAUCAUCCAUCUGAAAGUUCCUCCUCCUCCAGAACAGAGAAACAUCACAGCUGAACCUGGACAUGACAUCUCUCUGCCAUGUAGAGCUCGGCAUGAUGGAGACAUCACAGCUGUGAGGUGGACCAGACCCGAUCAGGAGCCAGAAGAUAUUCUUUUCUAUGAAGAUGGACGUUCUUUUCCAGACCACCAGCAUUCAUCUUACCAGAACCGGGUGGAUCUUCAGGACAGACAGAUGACGGAUGGAAAUGUGUCUCUGAUUCUGAAAACUUUGACAAUUAAUGAUUCAGGAAUAUAUAAAUGUAGAGUCCGACAGACAGGAACAGACACCAUGCUUACAGAGUCCAUCAUCCAUCUGAAAGUUCCUCCUCCUCCAGAACAGAGAAACAUCACAGCUGAACCUGGACAUGACAUCUCUCUGCCAUGUAGAGCUCGGCAUGAUGGAGACAUCACAGCUGUGAGGUGGACCAGACCCGAUCAGGAGCCAGAAGAUAUUCUUUUCUAUGAAGAUGGACGUCCUUUUCCAGACCACCAGCAUUCAUCUUACCAGAACCGGGUGGAUCUUCAGGACAGACAGAUGACGGAUGGAAAUGUGUCUCUGAUUCUGAAAACUUGGACAAUUAAUGAUUCAGGAAUAUAUAAAUGUAGAGUCCGACAGACAGGAACAGACACCAUGCUUACAGAGUCCAUCAUCCAUCUGAAAGUUCCUCCUCCUCCAGAACCAUCCACUUCAUCAUGGACCAUGGGCCAUCCUGCUCUUCUGGUUCUCCUGGUUCUGGUUCUUAUCGUCUCUGCUGGUGUUUUAUACCAUUUUAGGUUCUAUUUCAUGUCAGUCUAUAAGGUGGAGGUGGAGUCAGGGGUGGAGUCUGUCCUGCUGCCCUGCAGAACCACAGUUCACCUGCCUGGAGACGCUAAAGUGGAGUGGACGGACGGUAACAGGACGGUCCAUGUGUACCAGAACGGUUUUGACCAGCUUGAAGACCAGCACCAGGACUACAGAACCAGAACAGUGAUGGAGAGAAACCCUCUACGAUCUGGAGACCUCAGUCUGACUCUGAAACUCCCCACAUAUGGAGACAAUAGGAUCUUCACCUGCAGCGUCUACAGCAGGGAGGGAAACAUCCUGAUGAAGAAACAAGUUCUGCUCACAGUCAGAGUUCCACAGGUGGAGGUGGAGUCAGGGGUGGAGUCUGUCCUGCUGCCCUGCAGAACCACAGUUCACCUGCCUGGAGACGCUAAAGUGGAGUGGAAGGAUGAUGAUGGUGACAAAGUCCAUGUGUAUCAGAAUGGUUCUGACCAGCUUGAAGACCAGCACCAGGACUACAAAAGCAGAACAGUGAUGGAGAGAAAACUUCUACAACCUGGAGACCUCAGUUUGACUCUGAAACACCCCACAGAUGAAGACAGUAGGACCUUCACCUGCAGCGUCUACAGCAAGGAGGGAAACAUCCUGAUGGAGAAACAAGUUCUGCUCACAGUCAGAGUUCCACAGGUGGAGGUGGAGGUGGAGUCAGGGGUGGAGUCUGUCCUGCUGCCCUGCAGAACCACAGUUCACCUGCCUGAAGACGCUAAAGUGGAGUGGAAGAGUUACUACGGGACGGUCCAUGUGUACCAGAACGGUUCUGACCAGCUUGAAGACCAGGACCAGGUCUACAGAACCAGAACAGUGAUGGAGAGAAACCCUCUACAAUCUGGAGACCUCAGCCUGUCUCUGAAACUCCCCACAUAUAGAGACAGUAAGAUCUUCACCUGCAGCGUCUACAGCAGGGAGGGAAACAUCCUGAUGGAGAAACAAGUUGGUCUCACAGUCAGAGUUCCACAGGUGGAGGUGGAGGAGGGGGCGGAGUCUGUCCUGCUGCCCUUCAGAACUACACCUGACCUGCCUGGAGACGCCAUGGUGGAGUGGAAGGACGGUAACGACAGGAAGGUCCACGUGUACCAGAACGGUUCUGAUCAACCUGGAAACCAGGACCAGGUCUACAGAACCAGAACUAAGAUGAAUCAAGAUCUUCUGAAAACUGGAGACCUCAGUCUGAGUCUGGACCACCCGAAACCUGGAGACAGUGGAGAGUAUAAAUGUAGAGUCUGGAUGAGAGGACGUUACAUGAGAUGGAAAAAAGUUCAGCUCAAAGUCAAAGGGACGGGUCGGGUCCAGGAUCAAACAGAGGACAUCAGGACCAGAAGCGGAUCCGAUGAUCCGACUCCUCUGAUGGCUGAUCAAUCAGUCUGAUCUUUGAUUAUUGAUCCAGUCUGACUUUGGACCAGAGAGAAAAUAUCAGUGAAGGAUGUGAUGGAGGACGGAUGAAGAGAGGACUUGUUCCAGCUGCAGACGUAGUAUUGAUCAGUAUUGAUCAGUGAUCAGUGAUGUCAGAGUGGAGUCAGUGUGAUGUCACAUGUAGACCAGCUGUGUGUUCUGGACUCCAGCAUCUUCUUGUUGUUUGUUCCAGACUGUUAGGACCUGGUCUACUAAGGUUCCUGAUGAAGAACACAAACCUUCCUGCCAGCAAACAAGCUGCAGGUGUUGUUUGUUCCUGACGUGCGAGCGAUCAAUAAAGAAUGUUGCUGCAACUGAUACCAGCUGCAAACAGCCGUGUUGUAAUGAGGAUUUAGCGUGUUGUGGUUUGGCCAUGGAGAGUUUAGAAGCAGAGCAGGAAGGAGGCAAACGCAGCAUCAACUUGGUCCUGAUCCCGGAUCCGUUGGCUUCACUAGAAACUUGUGUGGAAACUCGUUGCCUUAAACCACUUUAGUUUUUACAAACGCUGAAACUAAACAUGUCAAGUUGUGUCACCAUGGCAACCAUUAGCCUUCACUCUGACCGUUAGUCCACUAACUCAUUGUCUUCAUACCCCUGCUUGUUUGGAGAAACUCUCUUCAGUCACAUUUACGCUCAUUGUUUAGUUCUUUCACAUAAAGACUGAAUCACACCGACUCACUUUCAUGGAAAGUCAACUUAAAAGACUCCACUUGUUCUACAUGAUGUCUGAUUUUUAUUAAAGUUACUUCAAAAUGACACCGACUUUGUCUUCAACCUUGUGUAAUAAUUCUAGGAGCAUCUUCACCUGCAUCUGCAGCAGAUUAAGGAGCAGAACUGAGAAGGUGGAGCAGGUUCUGUCAGCAGCCAUCAGCACUUUACCCCUGAUGUCAUUUUCCUCCACAAACCUCCAUCCAUAAUUUUUCCUCCUUUUAGGAGCUCACAUCCUGGCUCCAACUAGAGCAGCAGACUCUUGGAGAUGAUUCAAAUUAAUGACUCAUUAGCAGACACAUGGAGAGCUUGUCAGCGAACCAUUUAAUUUAAAUCAGGUGUGCUGCAGCAGGGAGACAUCUAAGACCUGCAGGAUAGUGGGCCUUGAGGACCAGGGCUGGGAAUCACUGAUCUAGAAUAUAGAAAGAAGUCUGGACUGUAAAUGAGACCUGCAACCAAAGACUGAGCAAACUCUCUCCAACCUCUGAAUACCCUGCAAACCAAGGCUGCUUUGACAAAGCCUCUUACCUCCUGCUGGAAACGGAGACUCUGGAGACUCUGGAGACUCUGGAGACUUUGGAGACUCUCCUGAUUGGAUUUCACAUUCUACAACAUACUAAUUCACUCAGGUCCUGUUCUCCUGUGUGUUGAUAUAACUAUGUUCAUGUGUUUAAUAUCAAUACGGGAACCAUUUAAUGUUAUUAUUAAGAUCUAGAGCCUCAUUCGAUGAAACAUACAGACUGUACGAAAAUAGGAAACCUGACAUCUAGUGGCCAUAGUCACUGAGAGUAAAUCCUAAAAGAAAUCAAUCAGUAAAACCUCUUAAAUCUAACUUUAUUCACUCAUCAACUGAUCUGAAUAUCAUUACACAUCAUUCUGUGUUUUUAACUCUGUUUUGAAUAUUGUAUUCAUAUCAUAAAUUCACAGGAACUCCUCCAGAUUCCUGAUGUAUUUAAUUAAAUUUACCAUUA